AUGCCAGCUCGGCAGUUGCGGGUUGCCUUUGGCCACGACGUCGCCUGCUGCAUCUGGACUCUCAUUCUUUUGGAUGAUGGGGAAAGCUGGGUGUCGUGGACCUUACUGAAUAGACCAGGUUUUGCUUUCAGCCUCGUGUCAUUUUUCUUUUACUCUUUGAAAAAGAACUCUUGCUUCUUCCCCUCUGCAUUUCGACUUCGAUUUCAUUCCAACAACGAAAACAAAAAACACACAAAAAAACACAAAAAAAAGGGGUUCGCGCAUACAGCCAACAAAAAUGAACGCCCAAAUCUCGCGGGCCUGAUAUACUUCUCUCAAGUAUUCAUUUUUCCCAAAGACAGCCCCCCCCCCCUUCUUACGUGGACGGAACCUUUUCUCCACACGAAACACAGCGAAAGAAAGCCUUGA